AUGAACGGUGCUUCUAGGGCAAAGCUGCGAACGAAAACUGGUUGCCUGACCUGUCGGCAACGCCGCAAGAAGUGCGACGAAACGUUCCCCAUUUGCGGCAACUGCAGCUUCUCGAGACGCGACUGCAAAUGGCCAUCGGGCGCCGACCUCGUUGACCGUCGUUACUCCUCUCACUCUCAUUCGCGACAUCGGGAGGUGGUAGUUAAACCUCGACGGAAGCCGGAACGAACCGACGAGCGACAUACCGACCUUGAUUGCAUACGGACCACAUAUCCCGUCGUCGAUAUAGAUGUCGAAUAUCUUGAUGCCUGCUGGCAUUGCCAUCCGGAGUUCCACGAUGGAUGGCUCGCCGAGAUCCAGAAGCUGAUGACGACUCACAAGAGUCUCUACUACUCUGUGCUGGCCAAUGCGGCGUCCCAUAUGUAUCUGGUUGAUGGCGCCUGGCGCCUGCAGAAUCUCGCUCUCACCUAUUACGCCGAUGCCGUGAGCGAGCUUUCGAAACUACUUGACCGUGUUCCGCAGCUCGAAAACCACAAUGGAUUGCUCAUGUCGGUCAUGAUGUUGUACUUGCAUGGGUUCAUAAACUGGGACACCGGCCUCGACAUCCCGCAACACGUUACCGCCGCAACGCGUAUUCUGACCCUCCGCCUCCUCAACCAUCCCAGCCCAAUCGGCAAGUUAUUCGACAGAUUGGCUAUCGAAAGCGUCAUGUUCCAGAUGUUCACCUACACAACAGGUCUGUGGACGGAUAUCAAAGCCGCCGUUGACCCCGAAUUCGAUUCGUCGUUUUGGGACCGCGCCGGUAAAUUACUCGACGAAGCGCUAUUCUUCCCCGAUGCCCCCAAAAGCUUCAAUAGCCCCGUGCUGGGCUUUCCGGUUUCGCUGUUCCGGACAGCCUUGUCGCUCAGGCAUUGUUUCCGAAGCCGCCGUUCACCCGGUAUUGCCGAGCUCGAACGACUGCAGAGUGAAGUGGGGGACUGGGAAGCACGGGUCCUCUGCGACAGGGAACUCCGAUCCUGUUCUCCUUCUUCAGGCGAGUGGGAUAAGUUGGACUCUCGAGAAUACUGCUUCCGGGAUGCGAGCUAUCUCUUCGCCAUGGUGACUUCUCUGCUUCUGGAGCAGGUGGGAAAUAGCGACUCAAUCCCCGACCUCCUACCACAAGUGGUGCCAUACGACAGCUGGCAACUAAGACUGUCCGUCCAGAUCCUCGAGCGACACGCGGGCGACGAGGAAUGGACCCGAUGCUACGGGUGCAACUGGCUGGUUUACACCUUGGGGCUGUUCAUGGACUCUUCCGAAGACCGCCAUAUAAUAAGGGAAGAGUUUUCCCGGAGAUGGGAUCUUACGAAAUUUGUGCAGAUUGCCCGAUACAGCAGUGACUUGGAAGACAUCUGGGCGGCGCGGGACGGGAAUGUGGCUAGGAUAUUAGGACGAGCAACUAAACCACAGACCCAGGCCCAGCUGGCAGCCAUACGGUUUGUACAUUGA